ACUCCCACAUUCUGGUUUUUAUCUCUGACAUCAUCAUCAUGAGAUUGUCUCAAGUUUCACAACAUCUGCUGGUGUUCAUAUCAGUCCUUUCACUCGAAAUCAUCACAUGGACAAACAGCGCAGUGUCAGCACAAGCAAUAUUCUACCCAUUCGGCUCAUCAGCUGGAGACACAAUAAAUGCUGCUGCUGAUGAUGGGAGCUCCACAGUUAUUCCACUGUCAAAUCCAUUUCCAUUCUUUGGCCGCACAUACCAGCAGAUUUAUGUUAAUAAUAAUGGACACCUCACAUUCAACCAGUCUUCAUCAGCAUUUGUUCCCUACUCAUUCCCUGCUAGAGGAAGCCAAGAUAUAAUUGCUGGUCUCUGGACUGAUCUUGACAACCGUCAGAGAGGUGUAGUUUCAUAUCAUCAGUACACCAGUGGAAAUGUUCUCACACGCGCCACUCAGGAUAUAAACACACAUUUCCCAAAUCUGAACUUCAUCGCAUCUUGGCUCUUUGUUGCAACUUGGGAUAAAGUCGCUUACUUCAACUUAAACAACACAGAAACAUCGUUUCAAGUAGUUUUAAUUUCAGGUGGUCAUUUUUCAUUUAUUCUGAUGAAUUAUGGUGACAUUGCUGUAACAGGACAGCCAGUGCAGGCUGGUUAUGACACGAUAAACUCCACACACUACUUUGUGAUUCCUGGAUCAAUCAAUGGCAGCUUCAUCUCAAACCUCAGGAACUCCAGUAAUGUUAAAGUUCCCGGUCAAUGGGUCUUCAGGGUGGACGGUGGACCAGGAAACAGCAAAAACAAUGUCAUUGGAUUAAAAAUGAGACUUUCCUCAUUUUUAGACCUGACACAGAGUGGCAGCACUGAAAUAGUUUUACAGCAAAUCAAGCAGGAGCUGGUCAAGUACGGUCUGCCAAACAGCAUCGAGCUGAAGUUAAGAAAACUGCAAAAGACAAAGCUGUAAUUUCAUCUUCUUUAAGGAAAAGAAGUAAAAUCAGUUUGUUUAGCAUCUGACAACAAAUGUCCCUCACGACUGAUGACAGUUUUUCAUAAAGUUGGUUUUAUUUAAAGACUCUAACCAGCAUAAAAGUAUCAUACAACAGGUCCAAUGGAUCGGUAUCAAUCGUGUGUAUCAAAUGUCAGCUUCAUAAGUAAAAUAAAAUAACUAGAGCUUUACUGAAAGUAAAACUUAGUUUUUCUCAUUCACCUUCAUUAGAACUAUAUCUUAUAAAGGUAUAAACACUUUUCUAGGAUAAUGCACAGUGUUUGUAUAGUUUCAAUGUAUGUUGCUUUGAAUAAAAUUAAAUGUAUGUUGCAUGUAUGUUGCUUUUAAAAAAAAUUACGGGAAGUCGUGGCCUAAUGGUUAGAGAGUCGGACUCCCAAUCGAAAGGUUGUGAGUUUGAGUCCCGGGCGGGCAGGAAUUGUGGGUGGGGGGAGUGCAUGUACAGUUCUCUCUCCACCUUCAAUACCUCGACUUAGGUGCCCUUGAGCAAGGCACCGAACCCCCAACUGCUCCCCGGGCGCCGCAGCAUAAAUGGCUGCCCACUGCUCCGGGUGUGUGUUCACAGUGUGUGUGUGUGUGUUCACUGCUCUGUGUGUGUGCACUUCGGAUGGGUUAAAUGCAGAGCACAAAUUCUGAGUAUGGGUCACCAUACUUGGCUGAAUGUCACGUCACUAAAAGUGUCUCCUAAAUGCAUUAAUGUCAUAUUCCAUCUCAGUACAUGAUUCUUCCUGCUCAUCUAAA